UCAUUGCGUUUAAAUGGAGUCAUUCACAACGGAGAGUGAUAGUCUAGAUAUAAGUCUGAAUUAACUAUACUCUCCUUGAAUUUAACCAACACAGAAGAACUUCGAUCGUAGUCACGAUGAAACUUCUACCAAUGUUGACACUUUCGCUUCUCCAGUUUGGAGGUACUCUCGGGAUAACGAUAACAAGUGCCUUUAAUAAUUCACACCCGCGCAUCGGUGAGACGAUAACGUUAAGUUGUAGCAUUCUGGGUGGAACUCCCGACGAGGUGAUAUUGUGGAAGGGCCUCCGUCACAGGGGAGUGGUGCCCAUGACGAACAAUUGUCAAGUUCGAGGGGACACAUUAAGAUUAACGAACAAUAGGUGUGAUCGGAAUAAUUAUAAUUUUCAAUUUUUAUUAAAUGAUGUUAAAAUUUCGGACCGCGGGGAAUGGGGAUGUAAGGCUGAUGGACAAGAGGCGCCAACCAAACUAAAUUUGGAUGUUUUAGUUCCUCACUACGUUCAAAUUGAAACCAACAAGUCUACUGUAAAUGAAAAUGAACUCGUGAGGUUUGAAUGUGCUACCAGCGGCGGCAACCCGGAGCACGUCGAGCGAUACCAGUGGCUCUGGAAGAAGAGAGGCUCCAACGUGAGGCAGGUCAUCCAGGAUACAGAGACCGGCAGGCAGAAUGGAAAGUUCUUAAGAGUUCGCGCGCAUACCGUAUGAUAGGAGUGGGACGUACACGUGCAAGGCUUGGAACCUUGGUGGAAUGGGACAGGCGUCGACUGGCCUCAAAGUACAAUACUCGCCUAGGAUAGACCCAGAGGCCAAAUUGAAAUAUGACGCGGUAGGCAAGAUGGGCAAGGAGGCAUCAUUAGAACUGUUCAUUGUCGCAAAACCGACUCCGGCCGCAACUGGUUAUGUCUGGGAGAAACAUGGCAACAUCCUGGCGAACUCCUCUCCAGAUUAUGAAAUACAGUCCGGGCCAACAUUCAGCAAGCUGAAAAUCAAAAACGUCAAAUCCUCCGAUUAUACGUUUUAUACAUGUUCUGUGAAAACGAGCGCAUUUCACACGAAGGUCUUCAAGUUUAGGCUUCUCGGAGCAGGGCCACCAUCUGCGCCAAGACACCUCAAAGUAGUCAACUCAUCUGCUGUAGCUGCGACUCUUGAAUGGAUAUCAGGAUUCAAUGGUGGAUCAGAGCAGAGAUUUUACAUCCAAUACAAGAAGUCUGCAGAGAAGUGGCCGACCUCGGAGGGUCCUGAAGGAGGAAUAACUGACCCAGGCCUCAAUAAAUUGGUGUCUUAUGGACUUAUGGAUCUUGAGUCUAAUGCCGUGUAUGUGUUUCGGGUGCGCAGCAAGAAUUCCAACUCUGGGCCACACACGAGCAAGUUCAGCAACAAUGCGUUUGGAAAAACACCAGAGAAGCCCCAAACGUCACUCCUAGGUGUGUCCCGAAAAGGCAACAAAGUAACCGUGCGCUGGAAACAAGUGACCGGAAUAUAUACAGCACUCAAGAUCAAAUACUGCCUGACCGGCACGAAAGACUGCAUGGAUUACGCCGUGCUUAAAUCAGAAGAUGUCAACAUGGCAACAUUUUUCGUUGAUGCCUUUACAUAUUAUUAUUAUAUGAUUGUCCAAGAUGGCGGCGAUGUUGUAUACAGGAGUACGGACAUCAAUGACGAAUAUCCUGACGAGAGUAAUUCGCCAGUUGUUGCUGACAAGACAAACAUUGUUGUUGCUGGUGUUGUUGGCGGUCUGGUUGGCGCAGUCAUUGUAGCGAUAGCAGGCGUCAUGGUGGCAGCUGUUCUAUGGAAACGUGGGCUUGUGCGAUGGGGGAAGAGGCAGGAUCAGAGACCUGCAAAUGACACUGUGGAUUUCGAGGAAUCGAGAGUUACACCCAGGAAUGAUUCCGCACAAACUUUCGCUGACAUUGGGGGUGACAACGUGAUUAAAACAUUUCACCAUGAACGCGCGGCCGGCCAUAAAACCGCUCUGCCCAUUGUAACGGAGCGCCACAUGCCAGCGCACGGACUUCCUGGGAAUCAAUCCGCGUCCUCAGAUGAUGACCUGAAUGAAUAUGAAAUCAUUUGUUCAACGUCAAGACAGCAGGCCGGAAUUGCUGGUCAGAAUCCAAUGGGCAAGCUACGACAGCCUCGCUGGAGAACGGCUGAGAGCGGUCUGGAUGCCACACGUCAGAAGCAUGUUCCUGCUCGCUUGGGCAGAAGUAGAAAACGAGUGGAUACUUCCUCCAACAAAGUAGUGCGGAGACAGGAACCAGAAGGCACAAACAACGGACAUACACAGAGAAAGCCCUGUCAAAGCCCGACUGAGGGCGGUUCAAGACAAGUCGACGGAACCAAAACGUUGAGUCCGAGUAGCUCAAUUGACGAUGUGGCCUAUGAUCAAGAGUCGCCAUGUGCACAUCCAGAUCUUGAAGAGACAGAAUACGAUGAAGAUGAUAUCUACAUCAGUGAGCUGAGUCGAGUUCGAAUGUCCUCAAUCGAAGACGAGGCUGCCUACUACAGCGUAAAUGGUUCUACGACUUGCCAGCAAGGUGAUACAGGUCAAAACCCUGUUCCUGUUUCCCAGGCGGAUCGGGAGUAUGCUGUCCCUUCCGAAAUAAAACAGAGAGGACCGGAGUCAGAAUACACCUACAUUCAAAGCGACUUACCAAUCCUCACACAGGGACUGCCAAUCCAAUGCAUGGCCAAGGCCGGAUCAAGAGAAUUCAAUGGAAAAAACAAGUCGUCUCCUAGUCGAUCGAGUGACGUUGUGACUCACGGUCAAGAGCCGCCAUAUGCAAAUCUGGAUCAAGUAGAGAGAGUAAAGGAUGGAGAGUAUUUGGACUUUCACAUCUGAGUCCGGAACGAUUGAGCAUGAGACCGAAUGAACUCUAAACAUGGCAGCACUUGAUCGCGGUUGUGAUUGUGGUGACAGAGCCGACGUACAGGUGGCGUCCUCGUAUAGUCUAUAUAUAAUAUGGUGAUUUGGCAUUUUGGCCAACGUAUUAUUGUGUAUAUAAUGUACAGCAUUCUCUGUACAUAACUUUCGUUGUUUGCGUCAGCACAUUUGACUCGCGAUUUCCGGCAUGACAGCGACUGUCGUCAUUGCUUACCACGUUCUAAUUUGGCUUCGCCAUCUUUUCAUUGUCAGUGUGCAUCGGUUUCACCGCAUGUUAUCGCGUGUUUACUUCAUAUUCCCUUUUUGAAGCGCUUGUGAUAAAUUCUUGUUGACAUGGCACGGCAAGUCAGCCAUUAUCACGUGAUCGUGUUGUGUCCCAUUUACGCGGUUGCUAAGAAUAUCCAUGCGCGUUGACUUAGAUCGUCAAUUUAUAAUAAUUCGGUCGAUAACCGUGGUUGUGCGUUUAACUGCGAUUCCAGUCACUUUUAUUUAUUCCGUGUGACUGAUAUUUAAUCUGGUUUCUAUGCAAUAAGUUGUCCUUAUUAGUUUUUGGGACCUCGUAAGCCUGUCCGUCUGCAACCGUAGUUGCUAGGGGGCGUUUCUUCUUUUGUUGAACACAUGGAUUUCGUGGGCUUGACAAAUUGCGACGCUGGAUUGGGUUUGGCGUAGCGAUAUCUUGUGUGGUGCGAAAUAUAAAACCUGAAACUCACAACGCUUCGGGGCGACUCUCAAAAAUAAUCCGAAGCAAGAACAUCUGCCGAAUUCUAUUUCUUUCAUUCAUCUUCGCCAUUUUAAUCCGAAAACGCAAGUAAAGGUAUCUCCAUCGAGCGGCAAGGUAAGCCGGAAUUACCAGUUUUACCUUUAAUGCAUGUUUUAAUUGUGUUCUGUAAGUAUAUUAACCCGGAUCCAAUGCACCGGUCCCAGACCAUAGCUGGGAGUCAACGCUUGGAUUCC